AUGCCAGACAUCGAGUUCGAUAAAGGAGCCAAGCCGUCUGGCUUCAAGAGCUACCGGCGCAUCUUCCGUUAUGCUGAUCGGAAGACCUGGGUGCUCUACUCUAUAUCCUUCUUUGCUGCUAUCAUAGGCGGCUUAGCGCUUCCGUUGAUGGACCUGGUUUUUGGCAAGUUUGUAACGAUCUUCAACAGCUUUGCUAAUGGGACCAUCGGCUCUGAAAGCUAUGUACGGGAAGUGUCAAAAUACUCCCUUUAUUUGGUUUCUCUAUUUCUCGCCAAAUUCUUUCUGGUUUACAUCCACACCCUUACUGCAUCGAUAGCGGCCAUUCGGGCUACCAAAGCGCUGCGACUUGACUUUAUGCAAAGCCUCCUACGGCAGGAUACCAGCUAUUUCGACUCAAAUAAAGAUGGAUCGCCGUCCGUGAAGGUCACUAUGAAUGGUAACAUCGUCACUAACGGCAUUUCAGAAAAGUUAUCGGUGUUUAUUCAAAGCUGUGCCACUUUCGUAGCUGCUUUUGCUGUUGCCUUUGGAGUGCAGUGGAAACUAACGCUAAUUACCAUCUGCAUCGUUCCGGCUAUUGUCCUUGUUACGGGGGUGUGCAUGAGCAUCGAGGUUAAGAGUGAGGACAAGUUGAUGGCUAUCCUUUCACGCUCUAGCCUGGUUGCAGAAGAAGUCUUCUCCUCCAUAUCGACAGUUCAUGCCUUCUGGUUGCAGCCCGCGAUGGCACACCGCUACGAAGACUUUCUUGCUGAAUUGGAAAGCGUGGGCAGGAAGAAGUCACCAAAUUAUGGCGUUUUAUUUUCUACUGAGUUCUUCUGCGUCUACGCAGGCUACGGUCUUGCUUUCUGGCAGGGUAUCAAGAUGUUUGCUCGAGGUGAUAUCCAAGAGUCUGGCGACGUAGUAACCGUGAUCUUCGCGGUAGUCGUUGCAGCCACAUCCCUGACCCAUAUUGCUCCUCAAAUUAUCACAAUUACCAAAGCCGCUGCUGCUGCUGAAGAACUAUUUCGCAUCAUUGAUACGGAGCCGGCUAUUGACUCUCUUUCAACCACUGGAUUAGCUCCCAAUAAAUGUGUAGGGGAGAUUAAGGUGGAAGGUCUUGAGUUUUCCUAUCCAUCUCGGCCAGAUACCCAAGUCCUCAAUGGCCUGGACUUAAGUGUGCCCGCUGGUAAGACGACGGCCCUGGUUGGUGCUAGUGGCUCGGGGAAGAGCACAAUCGUUGGACUUUUAGAACGUUGGUACGAUCAAACAGCUGGUACCAUCCUGCUUGAUGGCGUUAACAUCCAGGAACUCAACAUUGCCUGGUUACGAACUCAAAUCCGCCUUGUGCAGCAGGAACCAGUUCUCUUCAGCGGCACAAUCUUCGAUAACGUCGCUUUCGGGCUUGUAGGGACACAGCACGAAGACGCCCCAUAUGAGCAGAAACUUGCCUUGGUGAAAGAAGCCUGUAAGGAAGCUUACGCAGACGUGUUCAUUGACCACUUGCCUAAGCAAUACGAUACCCAGGUUGGUGAGCGCGCGCGCAUGCUGUCUGGAGGACAAAAGCAACGCAUAGCUAUCGCUCGCAGCAUCAUAUCCCGCCCCUCGGUUCUGCUGCUGGAUGAAGCGACGAGUGCCCUUGACCCAAAGGCUGAGAGGAUCGUGCAAAGCGCACUAGAUAAUAUUUCUAUCGGCAGGACCACCAUUAUCAUUGCUCACAAGUUGUCUACUGUACAGAAGGCAGACAACAUCGCUGUCAUGUCUGCUGGUAGAAUCAUUGAGCAAGGAACACACCAUGAACUCAUGGUUCGCGAUGGUGCUUAUGCGAGGCUUGUCCAUACGCAGGAUGUUAUUGACACGGUCGAGCAAGAUGACUGGGAAGAAGGGCAAAAGGGCUUGGAGGAAAAGGUUCCCUGCGAAGAGAGGGAUGAUGAGAUGCAUACUAUAGACCCGUCGACUCACCGUGCAAGGAGUAUAGUUUCUGAGACUCUCUCUAUAGAUGAGAGUUCCAAAGCCCAAACAAAGGAAACCAUGGGAUACAGCCUGAUCCACUGUCUGUGGCUUCUGAUAAUGGAGCAACGGAAUCUAUGGGGAUCUUACUCGAUCUUCGCCGUUGCCUGUAUUCUUGGAGGUGCUACUUUUCCAGCUCAAGCUGUCAUUUUAGCGCGGACACUUGAAGUCUUUCGGUUACGCGGCAGCGAGGCAGUCCGUCAAGGGAACUUCUGGGCGUUGAUGUUCUUCGUUAUAGCUCUUGCUAACUUCCUCGUCUACUUUGUUGUAGGGUGGACGGCUAAUGUCAUCAUUCAGGAAGUAAGCCGGAGGUAUAGGAGAGAGCUCUUCAGGAAUACCUUAAAGCAAGACAUCGCCUUCUUCAAUCAAGAACAUAAUGCUACCGGCUCAAUCUGUGCUCGGCUCCUAAUUCAUGCAUCGAAUUUGAAUGAGCUUUUGGGUAUCAAUUCAGGCUUGAUUCUCAUCAAUGUCGUCACAAUUAUCUCAGUAUCUGUCCUGGGCAUUGCUUAUGGCUGGAAGCUUGGCCUUGUGUGCGUCUUCGCUGCUCUGCCUCUACUCCUGCUAAGCGGCUACUUUCGCAUCCUCCUUGAGUGCAAACUGGAGGAAGAUACCUCUGCACGCUUUGCCAGCAGCGCCGCAAUUGCAACAGAAGCAGUCUCGGCUAUAAGGACCGUGUCAUCUCUUACUUUGGAGAACAAGAUUCUUCAAAUAUACCAAGAAAAGCUUGACGUGGUUGCAGCUCAAUCUGUAAAAGCGCUGACUUUUACAAUGUUCUGGUACGCUUUGACUCAAUCUAUUACCUUCCUAGCUAUGGCCCUGGGUUUCUGGUAUGGCGGGAAACUGGUAUCUACUCACGAGUAUACAAGUGAGCAGUUCUUCGUUGUCUUCACUGCGGUUGUGGUUGGCGGUGAGAAUGCAGCUGCCCUUUUCCAAUAUACCACUGGCAUCACGAAAGCAACUAGCUCUACCAAUUACAUCUUCUGGCUACGCCAGCGAGUUCCUGCUAUCGACAAUGAUUUUUCAUAUGAGCCUUCUGCGGACAACUCCUUGAAAAAAAAUGACACUGUUGCUAUUGACUGUCGAGCUCUUAGCUUCGCUUACCCUUCUCACGGACGUUCAAAAAAUGUCAUUUCCGACAUCAAUAUCAGAGUCCCACCAGGAAAAUUCAUCGCCUUUGUUGGCCCAUCAGGAUGUGGCAAGUCGACAAUGAUCAACCUCCUCUGUCGCUUUUAUGAUCCAACCUCCGGCUCUAUCACUAUUAAUGGCCAAGGAAUCCAUGAAGUCAAAUUACAAGACCAUCGCCGGCGUUUAGCUUUUGUUCAACAAGAACCAAUAUUAUUUCAAGGCAGUAUCCGGGAAAAUAUUGCUAUGGGCUUGAUUGAAUCGAGCGAAGCAACAGAAGCACGGAUAGAGCAAGUCUGUAAAGACGCAAAUAUAUAUGACUUCGUCUCCUCUCUACCUGAUGGCCUUGGAAGCGAAGUUGGUUCUCGUGGUUCCAAGCUUUCCGGUGGCCAACGUCAGCGUAUUGCCAUUGCUCGGGCGCUUGUUCGGGAUCCCAAAGUCCUACUCCUUGAUGAAGCAACGAGUGCGUUAGAUACGGAGAGUGAAAAAAUGGUCCAGGAUGCCAUAAAUGACACUGCGAAAGAUGGUAAAAGGAGCACAAUUGCUGUGGCUCAUAGACUCAGCACUAUCAAGGGCGCCGAUACCAUCUAUGUCUUCCAGGCAGGGAGAAUUGCCGAGGCUGGUACUCAUACCGAGCUACUUAACAAAAAGGGCCAUUAUUAUGAGAUGUGUAAAGGGCAGGCGUUAGAUACGGCCCUAGAUUAA